GAUCAAAUAUGAAUUAAAAUGAACAAACUGAAACUUAAUUUUAACUUGAUCAUGAUGAUUACAUGAUAAUAAUAAUAAUAAUAAUAAUAAUAAUAUAAUAAUAAUAAAAGUAGACUAAAAAUUGAUUUCCGAUUUCUUUUUCUUUUCAACUGAAAGAUAUUAUCUCACCGACUCGAACUAUAGUGACAUAAUUGAAAAUCAAGUGCCGUUCAAAACUUAUUAUUAAGCGGUAAACCACUGUCGAGUUGUGAGAGCAAUGGUUUGAGACAAAUGUUAUCCUCAAGACUUUGAAAUCAGUGAAGUGUUAAUAAUUUUUAAGAAUUGUUUCUUUCCUCGCUGUGAAAUAAAAAAAGAAAGUUUCUCCUCUUUUAAAUUUUGUUCUAUUAUUUCAACAAAGGAUAAUUUUCACUUCUAUAAUAUAUGUAUAUCAUUUUCAAUAAAAUGUAAACAAGUUUUAAAAAAAAAUUAGAAACAAGUUAAGUUUGAAAAAGUUGAGUCAAAACAAGUUAAGUCGGAACCAAGUUAUGUUGGAACCAAAUUAACUUGGAAGGAAGUUAAGUUCGAAGAAGUUGAGUUUGAAACGAAGUUAACUUGGCAAAAAGUUAAGUUAGAAUGAAAUUAACGAGGCAGAAAGUUAAGUUGGUACAAACAUAACUUGGCAGAAAGUUAAGUUGGUACAAAAUUAACUUGGAAGGAAGUUAAGUUCAAAGAAGUUGAGUUUGAAACAAAGUUAACUUGGCAAAAAGUUAAGUUAGAAUGAAAUUAACGAGGCAGAAAGUUAAGUUGGUACAAAAUUAACGUGGCAGAAAGUUAAGUUGGUACAAAGUUAACUUGGAAGGAAGUUAAGUUGGUACAAAAUUAACUUGGAAGGAAGUUAAGUUCAAAGAAGUUGAGUUUGAAACAAAGUUAACUUGGCAAAAAGUUAAGUCAGAAUGAAAUUAACGAGGCAGAAAGUUAAGUUGGUACAAAAUUAACUUGGAAGGAAGUUAAGUUGGUACAAAGUUAACUUGGAAGGAAGUUAAGUUGGUACAAAAUUAACUUGGAAGGAAGUUAAGUUCAAAGAAGUUGAGUUUGAAACAAAGUUAACUUGGCAAAAAGUUAAGUCAGAAUGAAAUUAACGAGGCAGAAAGUUAAGUUGGUACAAAAUUAACUUGGAAGGAAGUUAAGUUGGUACAAAAUUAACUUGGAAGGAAGUUAAGUUGGAACGAAAUUAACGUGGCAGAAAGUUAAGUUGGAACUAAUUAACUUGUCAGAAAGUUAAGUUGGUACAAAAAUAACGUGGAAAACAGUUAAGUUGGUACAAAAUUAACUUGGAAGGAAGUUAAGUUGGAACGAAAUUAACGUGGCAGAAAGUUAAGUUGGAACUAAUUAACUUGUCAGAAAGUUAAGUUGGAACUAAUUAACUUGUCAGAAAGUUAAGUUGGUACAAAAAUAACGUGGAAAACAGUUAAGUUGGUACAAAAUUAACUUGGAAGGAAGUUAAGUUGGUACAAAAUUAACGUGGCAGAAAGUUAAGUUGGAACGAAAUUAAAGUGGCAGAAAUUAAAGUUGGAACUAAUGAACUUGUCAGAAAGUUAACUUGGAACGAAAUUAACGUGGCAGAAAGUUAAGUUGGAACCAAAUUAACUUUAUUGGCAGUUAAAUUCGAAGAAUUUAAGUUUGAAACGAUGUUAACUUGGCAGAAAUUUAAGUUAGAACGUAAUUAACGUGGACAAAAGUUAAGUUGAGACGAAAUUAACGUGGCAGAAAGUUAAGUUGAUACAAAAUUAACUUGAAAGGAAGUUAAGUUCGAGCAAAAUUAACAUUGAAAAAAGUUAAUUUGAAAAAAAAGUUAACUUAGAAGAUGUUAAAUUUCAAGAAGUGAAAUCAGAAAAUGUUAAUUUUGAUAUAAAACCAAUUUAGAAACAAAGUUGGAAUGUAGUUAAGUUAAAAAAUUAGAAAAAAAUUUUCAAAAUCAAUUUAAUAAAAAACUGAAGUUAAAAAAGAAGUUAAUUUAAAAAAAAUAGUGCCGCCAGUUACUUUUUUUCCGACAAUUUAAUUUAUUUCUCUUUAAAAUAAAAAGUGUCGUGCUUUUCAGUGACUUUUUCUCUUUUUUGUCAAAAAAAAAAAAAAUUUCUAAAUAUUUAUAUUUUUAAUAUUAUAAAAUAUUAAAUUUGAAUAUAUUGAAAUUAAAAAAACAUUAUUUAAGUUCUAAAUGAAAAGGAAAAAUGUCAUCAAAUGGAGAAUUUUCAACGAUAUCAAGUGGGGAGAUACCAUCGUUGCCAAAAUCAUUGCCUAGUUCAAGGGAGGCAACAGCCGAGGGUAAUUCAAGUACAGGUGGAGGCAGUUUUUCACCGUUGAGAGAAUUUCUCGAUAGAUUCUCACUGCCAAGAGUUGUUAGAUUGGAGGGUACAGCGGGACGGCCAAUUUUACUCUAUAAACAACAGCAACGUUCAUUGAGAGUGACAGCAACAUUAUUGAUGCAUCGCUAUCGUCAUGACGUUAAAGUUGGACCCGAAAUUGUUAUUCCCGAAGGAUAUCCGGGAUGGUUUUCUGUGAUAAGUGGAAAUAAUUCUAGUGGCAAUGCAAGGGUGUAUCGAAGAGUCGAGUCUCUCGUAAGAGCUGGAGUUCCAGCUUUUCUCCUAACUGCGCCAUUAAGGGCCUACACGCUAACACAUUCAAAAAUGGAAAAUGGAAACCUCAGAGCUCAUUAUACGAAAACAACGAUAAGAGCGGGAGAGGUUCUUCGACUCGUGGCUGUUUUUCAAGAUACGAAAAAGUACAGUUCGAUGUCGUUCGCCAUUUCCAGUAGUUGUUCUGAGAAGGACCAAUACGCUCAAUGUCUAGAUCCACAUGGCCGUGAAGUUUUUGCUCCCCUAUCGGCAAGAGGAGAAUUUUAUGCCGUUUGCCAAAACGAAAAUGUGGACUCUGGCAGUGAUGCUGUUCUCUUUAAAGUCCACCAUCUUGUCUCACGACAACUUCCACUUAGAGUUAGGUUAAUAGCCGGCCCUCUACCAGUGCCUUUACCUCGGGAAUAUGGAGGUUUAAUGCAAUUGGAAUCGUCGACACGUGGACCAAUUGUUCUUGGAUGUAUUGUACCGGAAAGGCCAGUUUAUAAUCCGGAAAUGCUUGAACUCAUGGUCACUGGAAAUGGAGCGCCAAGAGUGAGACGAGCACGUUUAGGUUAUCCCUCCGAAGCGAGAUUACUUGCCUCGCCAAAAAUGCAGGGACUACUAACAGCGUGCAGUCGUGCCGUUGGCGAUCGAGCAACGGAACCACGAGUUGCACCGCUCAAGAUGCACGACUCAAGUGAAAAUCUCAAGGAGAUGCAUCUAAAGAAAAUAAAACCGAAAACCGAGACAAAACCAAUUCUCCAAAGUCUUCGCGAUGGAAUCGAACAAUUAAAAAAGACAACAGUACGCGAACGAAGUGAAACCCGACAACAGGGCAAUGGAUUCCUUGAUAGAAUCACAAAAUUAACACAAGCAAAUCGAAGUCGAAAUCCAGCGAAAAAAUCCGCUUCCUUCACAUUUGCCAUUCGACCGGAACUCGCAAUGAAAGCACAAGAACGCUACUCAAGUCUAGAGCCUGAAACAUCACAAAAUCAUCAUCAUCAUCAUCAUUCAAAUAAUUCCACAAAACAACCAGUUCAAAGAUCCGUUUCAACAAGUGUCCUCGAAGUUUCAGCUGACAUUGAAGUCCAACCGAAUUAUUCCCGUGUUCGUGAUAGUCUGACACCCCUUCCUCUACCGCCAAAACAAACAAAAUCAAAACCCGAAGAUAUUUACGCCGAAAUAUGCGAAGAUCCAAAAAUUGAAAUCGAAACUACUGAUCAACAAAAAGAAGGAAAACUCAAAACACAAAUUCAACGACAAUCGCGUGUACAAAUCCGACCACAAAUUCGUAAGGAAAGAAUACGAAAAAGUACAAAUUCAACAAAAAAUGAUAAUCAACCACAAGUGUUACCUCGAUUACGAAUUAAUACCGAUAAAGAAACAGAAAUACAAAAAUAUCCAGAAAUACCACCACGAAUUCGCAAUGAAUCACCAAUUAUUGAUCAUCCACAAAUUUUACCACGAUUUAAAAUUGAAAAUUCCCCAAUAAAAUCAAUGAGAAUACAAAAUGAAAAUCAACAAAUUAUUCCGAGAUUAAAAAAUGAAAAUUUUCAAAAAGAACAACAAUUUCAACCUGAAAUUAAACCACGUUUUAUUCAAAAUGAAAAUCAAUUAUCAUUGAAUAAUGAUGAUAUUGAAAGAAUAGAGAAUAAAAAUUAUUUACAACAAAUACAACCACGUUAUCAAAUUGACACUGAACCACAAAUACAUCCACGAUUUCAAAUACAUUCGGAUUUUAAAAAUACAACAAAUCAUCAUGUUAAAGCGAGAAUAAAAAUAAUUGUUAAAAGUAAAGAAACAUAUGAAAGUGAACAGGGAAAAAAAGAGGGACGUUAUAUUAAUUCAGUAAUGAUAACGCACAGUGAUCCAAUUAUUAAUUCAAGUGAUGAUAUUAUAUAUAACUCGAUUUAUUAGCUCAAUUUUGCAAUUUUUUUUAAUGUGUGUGUGUGUGUGUGAGAGAGAGAGAGAGAAUUUUUUUGAGUCACGAAAUUUAAAAAAGUCGAAUUCGAAUUUUCCCGCCAUAAUAAAUUGAAAUCGAAUCGAACUUUUUGUAUUUCUCGACAGAACUAUCGAUAGUAAUCGAACUUUUGAAUUUUCCCGCCAAAUUUCAAAAUUGAUCCACCCGAGUCAAAAUUUUCUGAAUUAUUUAAAUUUUACAAAAAAAAAAAUAUUUAUAAAAAAAAUGAAAAUUUAAUAAUUUCAUUAUCGAAUGAAAUAAUUUAAAUAAUAUCCAAAUAAUAAUAAUAAUACUUAUUUAAUAUAAUUUGAAAUUAUUUUCAAAAUAUUUGAGUCUUUAAAA